GCAAGCACUGGGCUGUGUUCAUCAAUCUGAUCCUGCAUCCUAAGGCCUCAGUUCUCAGUUUUCACUGUACUAUAAUGGCUAUUACUGGUAUCUACUGCUUGUUGAUUGUAUGGACAGUGUUUUGGAGUCUUGCAUCUUGUACUGAAGUUACUGCUACAUCUUUGAUCCAGUCAGCUCCACUCCCCUCUACUCCUCUGUGUCCUGGUGAUAGAUUAGUCUUCACAUGUACAUCUAGAAGAAAUUUAAAUGAGCCUGAAGCAAUUGUAAUCAUCUGGAGGAGAGAUUCAGAAAUAGAUCUAGUACAAUCUCUAUCGUUUUCGAGCUUGCCAGAAACAGUUGAUAAUAUUCGCUUUUCAAUUGAACAAGUUGGUAAUGUAAUAGUUAGUAACGCAACAAUUGAAUCAGUUCCAGGCCAAAUGAAUUGGACAAACAUUGAGUGCUCAACUGAUUUAGGAAUUUCCUAUGAUUCAAUUACUAUUAAUAUAACAAGUAUAACAGAACCGGUUAAUAGCAUUGAACUUAAUCCUAUCAGCUAUAAUUCAUUAUUUAUAAAUUGGACUGCUUCAGGAGGAUCAUGCAUAAGUCACUAUAAUGUUGUAAUUUUCAAUAACAACACAAAUACUGAGUCUCUUACUACUAACGACACUAAUACAACUAUCAGUCCUCUUAUGAUUGGUACCAAUUAUUCAUUCAUUGUUAUUCCUAUUGAUACUGGUGGAAGAGAAGGACCUCCUUCAUCAUUAAUACAUUGCACAUGGAAUGUACCAGGUCAAGUUGUUAAUGUUAGUUGGUAUCAGAUAUCAAAUGAUAGUGUCACAAUAGCAUGGAAUAAAAGUGAAGAUGGUACCAUGCCAUUAAAUUAUAGCCUAACAGUGAACGAUGAUAUUCCCAUUAAUACAACUGAAACACGUGCUAAAAUCCUCUGUGAUUUUGAAGCGGAGCCAUGUUCUGUUACUAUUGCACCAGUUAAUAAUAUUGGAUAUGGGCCACCAGUCACUAUUAAUGUUGGUGUAACUCCAACAAUGAGCAGUAGUUGUUCAUUUAUUACUUCCACUGGCACUAGAUCUAUUUCAUCAAUAAUGCAAUUGCCUGAUCUGUCUGCAAUGUCUUCUACAAAAGGUUUAAGUGGUACAGCAUCUCAUGCCAACACAAUUAACACAACUUCAUUACCUUCAUCAACAGCUAUACCAUCACCUGGUGGCAUAAAUUUUGUUUUGGCUGCAAUAUUUACUAGUGGUGUAGCACUAGCAUUAAUAACAGCAAUUAUUGUACUAGCAAUGAUAAUCUUAAUGGCGAUAAAUAAACAAAGAAGCAAGAUCAUUUCAAAAAGGAACAAUCCUAGACCAAGUAUUGAAGAUGAAUAUGAUGACAUCAUUAAUAAACAAGGGCCAAUAUAUGAUACACCAAUGGAAAUAGAUAGUAUUAAUAGGAGCACUGAUAUUACUUUAAAUGGAUCAACAGUCAAUGAAGAUAUAGAUCUACAAUAUAAUGCUGCUUAUGGAUACAGGAUAAAUGAAAUCUCCUAACCUUUCCUCAUGUAUAUGCAUGCACUACAACAUUUACUAUACUUUUCAUUAUUAAUUUUAAUUACUAUUUUAAAUGUACAGUUUUACUUGUAAUAAAAAUUCGGGAUGACAAAAAAUUAAACCAAGUAGUAAAUUGCAUCUAAUAACAAUAACAAUGCUAAACUACACUGAGUUAUUCUGUUUUGUUCAGCUUCGGAAACAGGACCUUGGAAGUAAGCAAGCAAUUGUUGUGUGAAACCACUUAGGAAGACAACCAUUGGCACCAUUGA